AAUGCCUGAAUGAUUUACAAUCAUGGCUUUUCCGUGUGAGCAUGACAAAACACGUGUUUCCUUGCGUUUGGAAUAGAUAACAAAAUUUGAGUAUCAGUUUACGCAUACAAACAAGGCAACAAUCAACUACUUUACGGAAACAAAAUACACACAUUCUAGCGUUUAUAUGAAAAUCAGGAGAUAGAAACUUUUUUUCUUUUGCCGCAAAGUUCAAAGAGCGUUACUAUACGUAACUUUUAUUUCACAAAAAAUGUCGAAAACAGCGUUUAUGCCAACAACGAGUCCAGGAGUAAUUUUUAACCGAUUUUGAUGAGCAAGGUCUUAUUUUAAAGAUAAAGGUUUAAGCGAGAACAUAGCUUUUAUGGAUUUUUGAAAAAGUUUUAUUUUUAUGUAUGAACUAUUUUCGAAAAAACACCAUUCUUUCAGACGAUUUUUUUCAAAGAAAAUAAAACUUUUUUAAAAUUUCUGAAAAGCUAUGUCCUUGCUUGAAUUUUCAUCUUUAAAAUGUAGUCUUAUUCAUCAAAAUUGAUGAAGAAUUAUUGCUGAAUUUAUUGUUGGCGUAAACCAUUAUAAAAUCAGGAGUGAUAAACAGUCUUAAGCAACAUUCGAAUACUUGGAAAUGUCUCAAGUGUGAUGUCAGCGUUCAUUUUUGAACGGAACACACAGGAUUCUAAUGUAUCUACAGUUAGCUGUAUAGUCAAACGCAGAUUAAUAUUAUAGAAAGCAACAUGGUUGCUGUACAUUGGAAAUACACGUCACCAUUUCGCGAUAUCUUUCACUCGAUAGCAGUGAUCUAAAAUAUUGAUAUAAAAAAGAAGUUAUCGAGGAUUUUAUUUCGAGAUGUUAUUGUGCAUGAAAACAAUAUUGAAAACUGCGUGUCUUUAGUGAAACAUAUUUCCUAACCUAUAACAAAUAUGCUGGUGUCUAAAUAUAUUUAAGUUUUCUUAUUAAUAUUAAUGUGUCCAAUGUUAUGUUAUAUUUUACUCAAUUAUAUAAAAUUCAGCUAGUUGCAUAUGCCUUAAAAUAUGCGAUAUAGAAAGAUUUUACUCAACGAAUACAUCAAAUACAUUGCUGUUUAAAGUAGUAAUAGUUAUUACACUGUGAUUUAAUGGGCAACUUUUUUAAUUUAUUUAAAAGAGGAUUUGACAUUGAAAGAAGAGUAGAUAUUUUUCAUAGAUAUAUUUCAAUGAGAAUUUUGUGACUGAAAUAUCUAUAUUAACUGCUAUAAUAAGGAAUAAUGGGACCAAAUAACGAAGAUCAAGUUUCAAGUAGGGAUCCUAACGAUGACAGAAAUGUUGAUUGGUCCAAAUAUGGUUUACAUAAUACAGAAAUGCAAAGAAAUUCACAAAGAAAUAAUGGAAGUUAUGAAGAAUUUGGUUCAGAAAUGUAUCAAACUGGAGCAAAUGAAUUGUUUGCUCAAGAGUAUAGUGCUGAUCCAUGGUGGAAAUCCAAUUUUUUUAUAUCACAACCGGUAUUAUUUGGUACUUGGGAUGGUGUUUUUACUUCUUGUCUAAUCAAUAUUUUUGGAGUUAUUGUAUUUUUAAGAUCUGGUUGGAUAGUUGGUCAAGCUGGAGCUUUAAAUGCAGUACUGAUCAUUUUUUCCACAGUUAGUAUUGCACUAGUGACUGUAUUGUCUGCAGUGGGUAUAUGUGAACGAUGUAGAGUAGAAAGUGGAGGAGUCUACUUUUUGUUAUCUCAUGUAUUAGGAUCAAGAUUUGGUGGAUCCAUUGGUCUUCUUUACUGUUUUGGACAGGCUGUAGGUUGUGCUUUAAACGUUCUAGGAUUUGGAGAAUCUAUGGCAGGUUUAGUUGGUUUAGAUUCUGCUUGGGCCCAGAGAGGUUUUGCUUGUGCUGCUGUUAUUUUGUUAUCUGCGAUCAAUAUAGCAGGUGUAAAGUGGGUCAUUAAGUUACAGUUCGUACUUCUUUUAAUAUUACUCCUUGCUGGGGUAGAUUUCAUGGUUGGAAGUUUCACACACGAAGAUCCCAAUGCUGGAUUUGAGGGCUGGUUGUCUGGAAAUUUACGAAACAACACUUUUCCUGAUUAUCAAGAUGGUUAUAAUUGGUUCACAGUUUUUGGUGUCUUUUUUCCUACAGUUACUGGUGUUUUAGCCGGUAUUAAUAUGAGUGGUGAUUUGAGGCAUCCAUCAACUGAUAUACCACAUGGUACAUUGGCAGCUUUGGGAACUGGAACAGUACUAUAUCUUUGUUUCUCACUAUUCUUGGCAGCAACAUGUACUAGGACUGCUCUUCUUACAAAUUUUAUGAUAGCAUCAACGGUUUCUGCAAUUUCAGUACUUCUUCUUGCUGGUCUUUAUGUAUCUUCAUUUAGUAGUUGUUUAGGUGCAAUGUAUGGUACACCUCGUGUUCUUCAGUCUAUAGCUAGUCAGAAUGUUAUUCCAGGAAUAAGUUGUUUACAAAGAGGAAGAGGACCAAAUAAGGUGCCUAUUUAUGCUAUGUUGGUCGUGGCUGCAGUUACAUUAACUUUUAUAAUUACUGGUCAAAUUAAUACUCUUGCACCUAUUGUAACGAUGCCAUUCCUUCUAACAUAUGCGUGUUUAGAUUACGCUUAUUUUGCGCUUGCUCAAACUUUUGAUAUUCGAUAUAUGAGAGAACAAAGAUUCAGAACGCAAUCUCCGACAUUUGAUCGUAAUUAUGGUUCCGCUAGUAGGAAUAAUUCUUUAACGGAAAUAGAUAAUGACUUAGAUAGUUUAUUUCCUGAGAGAAUAAGGCAUAAAAAUUUGAGAAGCUCUAGCAUUUCUGAAAACAAUGGAUAUGUAGAUUCAUCGCCGAGUUUAGAAGAAAACAGUACAAGUUCUAUCGAACGAAAAGUUCAUAUACAUAAUAAAUUGGGGAAUUGGUAUAGUCCUUUGUGUAAUAGAUGGUUUUCACUCUUAGGUUGUUUGGUAAAAUUAUUCAUCAUGUUUCUGGUUCAUUGGGGUUAUGCUAUCGCAAACAUUGUUGUCGUUUUCCUUGUAUGGAGUUAUGUAGGUCAUGCUAAUCCGGCCGUAAAGCCUGGAGUUUCUGCUGAGUUUCAAUUCUUUAAAUGGUUAAGAACUUCAUUGUUAAGACUUAUGGGGAGAAAGGUUUAUGAUUAUGAACAAAUCGUUGUAACACCUGUACCACCGGGCGUUGAAAUUUGUUCUGCACAAUUGAACGAAGAAAAUGAGGAUUUUGCUGGAAGACGACGAUAUCAUCAAACGGCUACAGUUACAGGUCAAUACGUAAACGUCGAUUAGAUUUCGAUUUAUGGAAUUUUUCUUUGAUACGUAUGAUUAUAACUGAUAUGUAUAAUAAGAUACACAAUCUAAUUGACGUUAUGUAGAGAUUUUUAAUAUAUUCAUAAUUUUUGUUUAAUACCUAAGAACAAAGCUAUAUAACAUCAGAAAUCUGUGUUGUGUGUUUGUAUCGUAUAUAUAUAAUUUUAUGUUACUCUUCUUGUUUAUAUUUUCAUCGUCGUAAUUCGUGUUAGAUGCACACAUACAACUAGUCGAAUUAAAAAUAUAUUAUGUCCGCUUAAAAAUAUGUUUCAAAGCGUAAAAUGCAUUGAUCGUUGAUUAGUCUUAUUUUGCAAAAAAACAUAAAAAUAUCAUUUUCAGUGGUACAUUCAAUGAGUACGGAAAAAUAAUAUAAGAUUUGAUAUACGUAGUUAAAGUGUGGAAGGUUUCUAAUCGGAAUUGCAAAAAUCUUUAAUGAUAAUAACAAUCUGAAUAAAUUAUCAAUUAAUCGCUUCAUAAAUUUAAUCUAAAAUUAAAAACUAUUAAUGGAUCAAAAUGAAGUUAGAAUUUUAAAAAAAUCUAUAAUAGUACAAUAGUCUCACGAUAUUUAAAACGUGAGAUGUUACCAAUAACUGAGGACAUAUAACUCUAAUAUAUCUAAUAGCUUACAAUUAGAAUAAAUUACACGCACAAAGGAUAUACGAUGCUGCCAGAAUUAUUAAUGCAUUUAAUGUGGAUUGCAAAUAACGUUUUCAUCUUUCGAUGAGUUGUUUUAGAAUUUAUCCCAGCUUUAGAAUGAGAUUAUAUUUAUUCUUUUAUAUUAAAUAUAAAAGAUGAUUAUUAUUAAUCAUAGAUUAGAGUCGUUUGUAUAUAAGCAAACGUAAAAAUUUGUACUAAUUGUAAGUAUUCAAAUAAGUGCUCUGUAAAUAACGAUUAAUAAUAUAUUUAUAUAUUAUUUAACAUUUUUAUAAAUGUCAGAAGAGUGAUGAAACGUACAAUCAAGAUAAAUACAUUUGAAGAAAAAAAUCAAUA